AUGACCCCUCGCAAGAUCCUAGUCGUCGGUGCGACUGGCAAGCAAGGCAGCGCGUUUACUCGUGCUGCUAUUACCGCGAACGGCAGCGUCGAGUCCGACCACAGCUUCCACCUUAUUGCCCUCACACGCAAUGCCUCUUCUCCUGCCGCACGGGAGCUCACAGCCCUGGGGGAUAGCACCACCGUCGUGUCAGCGGACGUGAACGACGCGAACAGCGUACGGAAAGUCUUCGAGGAUGAGAAAGUGAAGCCAGAGGGCGGGAUCUGGGGAGUAUUCAUGGUGCUGGCGUUCCCCGGACUAGGUGCAGACGCGUCUGGAGAGGAGGCCCAGGGCAAGAUGAUCGCAGACUUGGCACGCGAAUACAACGUUCACCACCUCAUCUACUCUUCCGCUGAGCGCGCCCACGAGAGCCGAGACGAGCAUGCAACGCUAAGCUACCUCGCGAAAGUCAACAUCGAGAAGCACAUCAAGUCAAAACAGGGCUUGAGCUGGACAAUCCUACGUCCGGUGUUCUUCAUGGAGAAUUUCGACGGUCUUAUUGGCCGCGUCACGUUCUCGGUGCUCCAAGUCGGGCUGAAGAAAGACACGAGGUUGCAGCUCAUCGCCGCUGACGAUAUCGGGAACGUAGCGUUUGCCGUCAUGCGCUCGCCCGACGCAUACGCAGGACAGUGCAUCGUCGUCGUCGGCGACGCUCUCUCGACGCAAGAGAUCGCAGCCUCUUACACCCGUGGCGCCGGGCGCGCGAUACCUACGAUACCAAACAUGCUCGCGUCGACGCUGAAGGCAACAAACAAACAUACGCGCGGCGUCGUGGAAGCGGUCGAGAACGCCCAUGCGGACCGCAUCGAGUACGGUGUCAAGUACGAGGAUCUCAUCGCGAAAUGCAGGGAGAUAUAUCCCGGGAUGCACAGCUUCGAGUCCUGGGCGAAGGUGCACAACCCCAAAGCGGAGCGGAAGGAGGGUUGGAACGGCGUGUCGCUCAAGGGUCUGCUUAGCGGCAGUCUCUGA